AUGUAUUUUGCUUUGCAUUUACUAGGUGCCGCAGACAGUUAUUGUUAUUACGACUAUUCCUACAGCUACAGUUACUAUUACUGUUACUAUGACGAUAUAUCUGUUGGAACAAUAAUCGGAGCCGUGGUCGGAGGAAUUGUCGGAUUCAUCCUGCUGUGUGUCUUAAUUGCUGUUCUCUGUAUUUGCGUAUGCAAAAAGAAAACAUCAGGAACAGUUAUCCAACCCGGGACUGUCAGUUCCACAGUGACGUCCUCAGCAGUAUACAAUUCCUAUCCAAAUUAUCCCCAGCAACAAGGAUGGGGCGCACAGCAUGUACAGCCUAGUGCCCCAAGCUAUCCUGGAUAUGGACAACAGCAGUAUCCACCCCAGGUAUCCCAACCAAUGCCCCCGCCGACCUAUGCUGAGAACGUGGUAACGGGACAACCUCCACAGAAUACCAACUAAUUCCAUUGUAAUGGUUUUCUCCUAAACACGUGAACUUCUCGUAGCUUUCAAAGGACGUAAGGGAUGAAAUUACUGAUGCUACUGUACAUGAAAUAUUUAAUAGUGUGAGUCUAUAUUUAUUGAUAAUUUUCUUAUGUUUGAUGAUUCUGUGUUUAAUUUAAGUUUCCGUCCUAAAGUAGAUGUGAUAUUAUGAUUAAAUUUAUGGUUAUUUCCAUUAAAAAUCUGUUUAUAA